AAUCCUUUCUUUCGCCGCAAGCAUCCGUACGACACUAGGGUUUAAGAAUCCCAUUAUUCCCAUCCCUUAAAAAAGCUUAAACCCUGGCUGCUGGAACUCACAAUUACGAGUUUACGACAGUCACUCACACACCCGCCGAGAGAAACAAUGGCUUUGCGCUCUGGAUCGCUGUCAAGGUCUCUGCUUUCCACCGUCAGAUCGACCCAAAUCCGACGCUCCUCCUCCUCCUCCGCAUCAUCAUCAUCAUCCCUCCGCGGCCUCAUCCGCCCUCCGGCCCCGCCUCGUACGCUCCGCCGCCCCCUCUUCACCACUCCUAGGGCUAUGGUUGGAGAGUUUGCGUGCGUUCAAUCGCUGACGCCGAUGCACAACGCUCUCGCCGCCGCUCGCCUCACUUCUCACAUUUCCGUCAACGCGCGCGCUUUCUGCGAGUUGUCUCAGGGUACUUGAAUGGACUGUUUGCUCAGCACAUCAGGUGCUAUGUCAUAUGGGUUUAGAAGUACGUCCUGUUGGGAACUCCACAAGCUUCUUGUCUUGAAGGAGGGUGUGGGGAGUAAUUUUAGAGUGUUAUUUAAUUUAGUUAAAAACAGGUUUUAUUUCAAAAAUUGUCAUGUUCUUCCUAAAAACUCACGAAGAGUUUCUGCUUUUCAUUUUCGAACUCAUGAGUUCUUGCUCGACUUUCUGGAUAUCUUAUUGAACUUUUAACAUUAGCUACUAUUUGCUUUUUGACUUUA